AUGGAAGUUGUUCACCACUUGUCCACCAUUCUGAAAAAAUUUGAAGUGAAUAUCACUGAGAACGAUGCGAAGUUCUUUGCGUUUGACAAUCGCAAACUGUGCUUUGCAGGUUUGAUUUUUGUGGUGGACAGCAGUGAUCGUGGGCGCAUCGGAAAAGCUGCGGAAGAAUUGAAGCGGAUGUUAGCUGAGGAUGAAUUACGAGAGGCUGUGCUUCUUAUUUUAGCCAAUAAACAGGAGUUGCCGCAUGUAAUGACCACUGGAGAGAUUUCCGACAAACUUGAAUUGCCUUCCCUGCGAAACCGCAAUUGGUUCAUCCAAGCCACAUGUGCCACGAGCGGUGACGGCUUGUAUAAGGGAUUGGAUUGGCUUUCUAAUCAGCUGGAGAAACCAAAAUGAGCGGAUAUAUGACUCCAGUCAGCGGAUCAGUCCGUUAUACUGCUGUGUGUGGAAAAACAUGUGUUUUUUUUUUAUUAUUCGGCUCCAGCCUUGCUAAUUGGAUUUGAGACCUAUCCAUUGUGGUAAUCAUAAUCUUUUUUUUGCGAUUUUCUCUUUUUCUGCCAAAUAUCAUGUUUAUGUGAUGACGAACGUGCCUUUUAACGUAAAAAUAAUGCAGUAAUAAAAGCCAUCCUGUGU